AUGACGGCCAUCAGGGCACUCCACUCACUGUUCUGUGCAGCUCGAUCGAGCUUGCUCUUCCUCUUCCUCUUCCUCAAAGUGUGUGGCUUCCUUGGCCUUGGUGGAGCAUUGCUAGCUCGUACUGUCCAUAGGGGUUCCAUCUACUCCGGGGAGGCUCCUGGUAAGGCAUGGGAUCGUAUUCAAAUCCCGGAUCCUCGAACUGGGCUCCUCAAGGUCAACUCGACCGUCAGCUCGAUCGAGUUGAGUUUCCUCUGUUUGGACUCGAUCGAGUCCGGUGGUCGAGUUGGAGCGUCUGGCCUUAGAAGUCUUCCUCCUUCUCUGCGUGUUGUCUUCUCCCUCCCUUGGCUCGAAAGAAGAGGCUCUGUGAGGCUCUUGGGCAGGGAGCCUCCUUGGAGUGGUGAGAAGGAUCUACUCCUAAGGAAUGUGGAACUCAUGGGGCCUUCUUCUUCUUGCUUGAAGAACCAGAAACCUUCUUCUCCAAACUUUUGA